AUGACGGUCGCAGAGGUGGGCGUGGCCUUCUGCUCUGGAGGUGGGCUAUUUUUGUUCGGGGGUGUCCUGAUGUUUUUUGAUCGGUCAAUGCUGGCCAUGGGAAAUAUCCUGUUCCUGAUAGGUCUCACCCUUAUCAUCGGCAUUCAAAAGACCUUUGUGUUCUUCGCACGGCGACAAAAGCUCAAGGGGACUGCUGCUUUCAUGGCUGGAAUCCUUCUGAUCCUCAUCCGAUGGCCUCUGACUGGCUUCCUGGUUGAACUUUAUGGCAUCUUUGUGCUUUUCGGAGACUUCUUCGCAACCAUCGCCUCGUUUGCCGGAAACAUCCCAAUCGUGGGCCCAUAUAUCCAAAUGGCAUUGCAAAAGAUUUCGAUCGGUCGGCGGAACGCAGAGCUCCCUGUCUAA